UCGAGCAACAGGAAUUAACAGACUCUUACCCUCUUGCAGCAUACACUGUUGCAGGAAAGCGAUUUGUCACCUUGAAGCGUCACAUUCCCAUCCAGGAUUAGAAUCAUCAUGUCUGCCAGACUUCGAGUCAUACUGCAAGAAGAAAUCUGCAAGCUUUCCUUGCCCUUAGGUAUCCCUCAGACUGUGGAGGAAUUGAAGCAUAUCAUGCAAGAGACAUUCGCAAUUGAACAAGAAUUUAGUAUACAGUUCCAGGACCAAGAUUUUGAUGGUCAGUUUUUCACUCUCCUUGAAACUAAUGAAAUCAAGGACAAAGACACUGUCAAGGUGGUUUUUGCUGAGCCAGUGGUCACCUUAACAUUGGAGGAUUCUUUGAAUAUUAAAGGACCCCAAGAGAGCUUUGAUAGCAGUUGCACCGAGGAAGAUGUUGGUUCCAGUUCCAUUGCAUCCAAUGAUACCAUAAUCCUCUCUUCUCCAGAGAGCACUUCCUCCCUGCGUUCGGUGUCUUGGCCAGCUCAGUUUGAGAUACCUACCUUCUCCCUUGACACUGAGCUUGUUCUACAAGCUGCAAAUGAAGCUUACCGAAAGGAUGGCACCCCACUCAACAAUCCUGCAGUAAAAUCUGACAUUCUGAACAAACUAGCAGAAAGUAUCUUUGUCUAUACUGCCUAUCCCUCACAAGCCCAAAGGGAGCAGGUCGCUGAGGCCCUGGUUACAAAGCAACCGUGUUUGAGGGACCCAGUGUCCUUCAAUGGCUUAUAUAGUUGGCACAACAGCCUGAAGUACAAGCUUGGCAAUUACAGAGCAAAGGUGAGACACCUUGGACUACCAGAGCUAAAUGUUAACUGUCUGAAGAGAAAAUCCCCUGCAGAUGGAACUCCAGCAAAAAGCUGA